GGCGCAAUAGGGCAGAUAGCAUGGCUCGGCCAUGAGCUAAGUCCGCAACAGAUGGGCUAGAGGACCACGUUCUUGUGGUUGUUUCUUGCCCCAGAAUGUGAGAGAUAUAGACCGCAUUGCCAGAGCGCUGGGUCUGGGCAUGGCGGUGGAUGGGAUGAUGGUCGCCUACAAAAGCCCGGUGGCUCAUCUGCAGGGAGCGUGCGAGAUAUAGGGAUGGUUCCUCUCAGUACUGCGUCGGGAGCUCCUCCGAACAGCCCGCGUCAUGAUGCCACCUACACAAGAGACGAAGCACGUUGCUUGCGCGCGAUGCAGAGACAGGAAGGUUAAGUGCGAUGGAGGAAGGCCGAGCUGCCGCCGGUGCCAGAAGAAUCGGGCUCGUUGUCAAUACAUCAAAGGCCGGAAGCAACAGGCUAAGAAUGAGUGGAUACAUCUUCUGCGGACGUUCAGCUUUCAACCAGGCAAAGCCCACGUUACUCGCAAUCCAGCACCACGGUCAUCGCAGCCAUCGUAUUCCCAACCCACGAGUAUCUGUCAUGCAGGCUGCAGUACACCGAGCCGUCUUUUCGCCGAAGGCGCCGCUGCCACCCUCAACAACUCUAGUAUUGCGGACGCUAGCAACUCUUUCAGCAGCUAUGGAAGCACCGCAGAUGAAUGGAACACUGCCUGCACAGCACCUACUACCGAUACCGACCUCCUGAACCCGAGGCUUUUCACCUUCAACUCAAUGCCAACGCUCUGCAAUACCAACUACACCUCAGAACUGCUUACCACAAACGGCCAGGUGCCAAUUCAGAUGGGAAUUUCUCCUCUGCGGCCCAACACCCCGGUGUCUCAGACUUCAGACGCUACCUCAUCUCCCUAUGACGCCUUCCAGGACCAGUCUUACUCCUAUAACGACGAAUUUUGGAAUACAGAAAGCUCUUCGGACGCUCUAUACUGGGGCCGCGAAGCCUCCAGUUACCCGCACAGGAGCCAAUACUCUUGCUACGCAUCGACACCCUAGUUCUUGAUGCUUUCAUUUUCAAGCUGUAUCCGGCUUCCUAUCCUUUUGCUUUAUCUCGGGGCUCCAUGAGGUAUUUUCUGCUAGUUGGAUACCCUGCAGGUUUGGUACGGCGCG